AAAAAGUCAAAUCUGCACAGAACCGCCCCAAAACCCAGCCCCUGUGUCUGAGGGCCUCGCCCAAAUGUUUCUGGAGCUCCGGCAGCUCGGGGCCGUGCCCCCGUCCCCGGGCAGCCUGUCCCAGUGCCCGACCACCUCUGGGUGCAGAACCUUCCCCUAACCCCCGCCCUGACCCUCCCCUGUCCCAGCUCCGGGCCGGUCCCUCGGGUCCUGGCGCUGUCCCCGGGGAGCAGAGCUCAGCGCCUGCCCCUCCGCCAUGCGGCCUCCCCUCGGCUCCUCCCGGCCCCGCAACCCGAAGGCCCCGGCCGCUCCUCGCACCUCUUGUCCUGCAGACCCUGCACCGUCCCCACUGCCUUCCGUUGGCCUCCGUUGGCCUCCUUUGGCCUCUGUUGGCCUCCAUCGCCCUCCUCUGACUUCCUCCAAGCCCCCUUGGCCUCCUUCACCCGCUCCUCCCCAUACCCAGCACCAAAGGGGCCGUGGCGCCGGGGGCCCCGCGGCAGAGCCGUGGCAGAUUUACGGCCUCCCGGGACUUCCCGGCCUCGACGCCCACCCUCGGGGCCAGCGGUGACCGGGUUGCGGGGCCGCCCUGCGCUGCCGCUCCCCUGCGGCUGUUUGCUCAGCGCCGCGGGGUUGGCGCGAGGGCCGGCGGCCUCCCCCCUGCCGCCACCCCCCUGGCGCUCCGGAAAGCCCCGGCCGUGCCCCCCCUGGUCCCGGGGGGCUCAUAAAGGGGCGCAGCGCCCGCCGCCAGGCACGAGGAGGAGGCUGCGGGCAGGAUGCGGCCCUGCUGGGUGCUGCUGCUGCUGCUGCUGGCGCCGGCCAGAGCCGUCUCGCCGGAGCCGGACACGUCCCCGGUGCCGGGGCUGGAGGGAGCCGUCACGGCCGGGCCGCAGGGCUCCGUCCCCCCGGGGCCGGAGGGAUCCGUGCCACCGGGGCAGGAUGGAUCCCUCCCGCCGACCCGGCUGUGGCGCUGGCCCUCCAGCUCCCUGCAGGCCGUACUGGCGGCCCUGCGGCUGCUCCACCGCAGCUCCCCGGGCCCCUGCGCCCUGCGGCUGCGGGUCUUACAGCCCCAGCCCGGCUGGCUCGGGGCCGCGCAGCGCCAGCAGGAGCUGACCUUCCUCGUGCAGGACGCGUGGUGCCAGCCCACGGGGACGCCACCGACCGCGUGCCGGAGCUGCCACCCCCAGCCCGGCCGCAGCUGGGGGGCCUGGAUCCGGGAGCGCUGGGCCGGCCUCAGGCAGCGCCUGCGGGAGCGCGGCCCCCUGUGGACCCGCGGCCGGUGGAGCCGCGCCAGCCCCGCGCGGCCCUGAGGAGCCCCGGCAGGAGCCGGUGCCGUGCGAGCGUCACAGCCCCGCGUCCCGAUUAACGUCCCGAUUAACGUCCCAAUUAACGUCCCAAUAAACGUCCCUUGCACCCGCGGUGUUCGUGUCCAUCCCUUCCAUCUGCCGUGGUCGUGUCUGCGUCCCCGCGCCGCCCCGCUUACACUCCCCAAGGGCCGGUGUCCCCACGGGGCACGAUGUCCCCAGGGUGUCCCCAAGGUGUCCCCUCCACAUAUUCGUGCUCCCCAAGGGCCGGUGUCCCCACAGGGGACAACGUCCCCAAGCUGUCCCCAAGGUCUCCCCUCCACAUGCGCUCGCUCCCCAAGGGCCGGUGAUACACGUGAGCAGGGGGCACAGAACAGGGCAGGGGACAGCCACGUCCCCGCCACAACCC